AUGGCGCAUGCUCUUAGAUCCAUGAACGACCUCAGCGGGCCCAUUGCCCUGCGCGACCGAUCUCUCAUUGCCUCCUCCGACACCCCUCCAGCCAUGCGAAGCGUCGUCUCAACCGCCCCAAACUCGCCUAGAAUCCCGCCUGUAAGACAAAAUUCUGGAGGAACCACCCCACGACUUCGCCCGCACCCAGCCACACUGAAUGUACCCGGCAUGACCGUGUCGAGAGCUUCGCCCGAUGGAAAGAUCAGCGACAGAGAUGUUGCUGCGAAGCUCGUUAUUAUCAUGGUCGGGCUGCCUGCGAGAGGAAAAUCAUACAUCACCAAAAAGGUGCAAAGAUAUCUUUCAUGGCAGCAGUACGACUCGCGCAUCUUCAAUGUUGGAAACAGAAGACGUGUGGCUGCUGGCGUUUCCUCGCCGAUGAAGUCGCCGUUGAAGUCGCCAUGGCCCCCCUCGCCACUCAAGUUUGAUCCUCCGACACAAGCUGCCUCGAUCCUGUUGAACGGCUUCCCUGCGCAGGGCAACAAGGAGCCCACUGAGCUGAACCUCAACACACCCGACGCCGACACUAUGGAUCAGUCUGCCAGAUUCUUCGAGCCGACCAACGAGACAGCAUCCAAGAUCCGCGAGCAGGUUGCCUUGGAUACUUUGGACGAGCUGCUGGACUAUCUCCUUCAUCAGGGAGGCUCUGUGGGCAUCCUCGAUGCGACCAACAGCACAAUUCACCGCCGACAGCUCUUGGUCGACCGGAUUAAGGAGAGGGAGCCCAAGCUGGGUAUUCUCUUCAUCGAGAGUAUCUGCCACGACCAGAACCUCUUAGAGGCAAACAUGCGCCUGAAGCUUUCGGGUCCCGAUUACAAGGACAAGGAUCCUCACCAGUCCCUCGCGGAUUUUAAGAAGCGCGUUGCGGCUUAUGAGAGUGCCUACGUACCCAUCGGGGACUAUGAGGAGAAGCAUGACAUGCAAUACAUUCAGAUGAUUGAUGUCGGUCGUAAGCUCGUCCAAUACAGACUGCGCGGGUUUCUGAGCGGCGGUAUCAGCUCAUACCUGACAACUUUCAACCUGGCGCCGCGGCAGAUAUGGCUCACCCGGCACGGACAAAGCGUCGACAACCGCCUCGGAAAGCUCGGCGGAGAUUCGGAUUUAACUCCCGAUGGAGAGCGAUAUGGCAAGGCCCUCCAUGACUUCAUUACACAGAAGCGCAAGGAGUGGCUCAUUGAGCAGAAGGACAAAAUCGCUCAAUCGUCGUUUCCGCCGAAGGCUGGUGACCAUACUCCGCCGUACCCUGAGCUCAACCGCGAGCUGGAGGAGAAGAACUUUUGUGUGUGGACAUCAAUGUUGAAGCGUAGCGUCCAGACAGCGGAGCAUUUUGAUGCUGAUGACGACUACGACGUAAAGAACUGGGCGAUGUUGAACGAGCUCAACGCAGGCCUGUUUGAGGGCAUGACGUAUGAAGAGAUUGCCAGGAGAUUCCCUGGCGAGUACAAGAAGCGCGCUGAGGACAAGCUUCACUACACUUAUCCGGGUGUUGGAGGUGAGGGAUACCUCCAAGUCAUCGCCCGCCUUCGCGACAUGGUGCGCGAAAUCGAGCGCAUCGAGGACCACGUCCUUAUUAUCGGCCACCGCUCGGUCUGCCGAGUUCUCAUGGCCUACUUCAUGGAUCUUACCCGCAACGAGAUUGCGGACUUGGAUGUUCCCUUGGGUAUGCUGUACUCGAUUGAGCCCAAGCCUUACGGAUACGAUUUCCACGCAUACCGCUACAGCGCGGACAAGUCGACAUUCUCCGAAAUUCCCAACUACCGCCCGCAGCGCACCGUCGACCGCGCUGCCUGA